AUAUUAUAUUUUUCCAUCGGGUCCCUCUAUUGUUUAAUAAUUAAGUAAAAAAGAUAGUAGUAUUAAAGAUGAGGAGGAGGAGGAGGAGAUAGAUAACUUCCCCAUCGAGAAACCUCGCCAAAUAAAAAACCGACAAAGCGCGUGCGUCGGUGACUUGUAACUCUCAAUCUCUUCUUCGAAAACAUCAUCAGAGCCGAGCCAUGUCUUACGAUUACCUCUUCAAGUACAUAAUCAUCGGCGACACAGGUGUGGGGAAAUCGUGCCUGCUUCUGCAGUUUACUGAUAAGAGGUUCCAGCCAGUCCACGAUCUCACCAUUGGUGUCGAGUUCGGUGCUCGUAUGGUCACCGUCGAUGGUCGUCCUAUCAAACUCCAAAUUUGGGAUACCGCUGGACAAGAGUCGUUUAGAUCCAUCACUAGGUCGUAUUACAGAGGAGCUGCUGGAGCUUUACUUGUCUACGACAUCACCAGGAGAGAGACGUUUAACCAUCUGGCGAGCUGGUUAGAGGAUGCUCGGCAACAUGCUAAUCCUAACAUGAGUAUUAUGCUGAUUGGGAACAAAUGCGAUCUUGCUCACAAGAGAGCUGUUAGCAAGGAGGAAGGAGAACAGUUUGCCAAAGAACAUGGACUCUUGUUCUUAGAAGCUUCUGCAAGAACAGCUCAGAACGUUGAGGAGGCCUUCAUAAAGACUGCAGGAAAGAUCCUCCAGAAUAUUCAGGACGGUGUCUUUGAUGUAUCCAACGAGUCAUCGGGCAUAAAGGUUGGUUACGGGCGUCCUCAAGGUGCAGCUGGAGGAAGAGACGGUGCGAUAGCACAGGGAGGUGGCUGUUGUGGUUAAAGAGACCUCAUGAUGUAUCUCAUGUAAUUUGGUGAUUCAUAAACUACUUUUGCUUUUAUUAAUCUCUGCAAAUGGAUACACCAGAUUGUAUAGUUUCUUUUUUUUUUCUCUUAUCUUCCUUGCCAAAAUACCAAACUGGUGCAUUUGAGAUCGUACACAGCCUGAUCUUUAUAAACCAAACAGGUGUUGUCAUCUUUUAAAUUAAUUUCUUACUUUGAACGUAAA